AUGGAAGGCCAGGACGUGGUGAUUAGUAUGGUUGCCAUCUUCGCAACGAGUUGCCAACUGAUACUGGUCGAUGCGGCCAUAGCCGCUGGCGUGAAGAGGUUCCUCCCCAGCGAGUUCGGGCCUCCCUCGCGUGACGAGCAGUUUGCUGCUCUGCAUCCCGCGCUGCCACCCAAGGUGGCUACGGUUGACUACCUGCGGUCAAAGGAAUCUCAGAUAUCCUGGUCUGCUCUCAUUCCCGGUGCUUUCUUUGACUGGGCGAUGAGGAUCGGGCUGUUUGGCUUUGACAUCAAGUCCAAGGAGGCCACUCUAAUUGAUGGUGGCACUACUGUUUUCACUGCUUCAACCCUGCCGAACAUUGCAAGAGCAACCUGGCAACGCUAG